AUGGCCGGAAGCGCGCCAGAGGCUAGCUCGGCAGCGCUAGAGGCGCGCCAGGGCAGGGAGACGGCGGCCGCCGGGGCAGGCGCACGCCAGGCACCUUGGGUGGCGGCUGCAGCGGUGCCGUCCGUGUCCAUGGCCGGCCGGCGAGCAUCAGGGGCGGACACGGCCGGCCCAGGGGGAGGCGGCCCUGGCGGCAGUGGCGCGCCCCCGGCAGGGGCGGUGGGGGAGGAUCCUGCGGGGCUAGCCUGGGUGGCGGCGGCCAGGCCCGCGGCCCCGGCGUGCUGCGCAGUCUCCAGGGCGCGCCACGGGCCGGCGGCGGCUGGGGCGCGCCAGGUGGCAGCAGAUCUAGCGGCGCCCACGGCCCAGGCGGCGCUCGCGGCGGCGGCGCCCGCGAAUCCAGAGGCAGCGACGCCAGGGCAGGGCAGGGGCGGCCGCCGGGGCAGGCGCGCGCCAGGCGCCCUGGGCGGAGACAGCAGCGGCGCCGUCCGCAUCCUGCGCCCACAGGGGCGGCCCCGCCUGCGCCCGCAGGGGAUCCGCGGCGGUAGGGGAACCCCGAUCCGAGGGGCCUGCGCCUGA